AUGGGCCAUGGUCGUAGAGCACCAAGUAGGGGUGCUAGUUAUACUGAGUCAAGACAGUCAGCAUUGGUUUAUGCUGCACGUCGCCUAGAGGAAGGAGACGCCCCAGAUGUUAUUACGGGUACGUUCCUUAUUCAUCAUGUACCUUACACUGCAUUGAUUGAAGUUGGGUCUCUGCACUCUUAUAUAGCAUGCACUAUGUCUGAGACUUUGGGUGUGAUGUGUGAGAACACUACAAGUGAGGUUACCGUGUUGAGCCCAUUAGGGCAAUUAGUGAGAGUGAACAAAUUGUUUAAGGAUGUACCUUUAGAGGUUCAAGGAAUGAUCUUUUUAGCUGACUUAAUGGAACUUCUUUUUGGGGAAUUCAACAUAAUAUUGGGCAUGGAUUGGCUAGUUAAGCAUCAGGCAAAUUUGGAUUAUGCUGCAAAGCGGAUGAUACUGAGAACUGAAAAGGGUGAUGAGGUAGCUGUGAUUGGAGAGCGCUAG